AAGUUAAAUGGCUCUUUUACGAUAGUUUGAGGUCCACAAACCAAUGUAAAUUAAGAUAAACAAAUGGAGCUGAACACACGGACCCGUCAAAAUCCUCAGAAAUGUAACUACACACCGGGAUUUCCAAUUCAAGAUGCCUGGACAGAAAAGAAAAUACAAUGUUCGCUUCCCACCCGGUCGUAUCAAGAAGAUCAUGCAGAAGGACACGGAAGUGGGAAGGAUUGCAAUGGCUGUUCCAGUUAUUAUUUCCAGAGCCCUAGAGAUGUUCUUAAAGUCUCUCUUGAACAAGACUAAUCAGAUCACCCAGUCGAAACACAGCAGGAUCAUGACUAUAGCCCAUAUGAAGCAGUGUAUUGACACAGAGAAGCUCUUUGACUUCCUGAAGGACCUGGCUGAAGAGUUCACAGUGCCGCCUUCGCAGAGGGACGGUCGAGCCAAGGGGAAGUGGCCAGCCCAAAAGUGGAGAGCCUCCAAUCCGUCCAUUGCAGGAGGCAAGGGGAGGCAGAGGAAAGUUGCUCUGUGGUUGGCUCCCACUGGAACUUCAGCAGUCAAACAAUCUGCUAACUUGUGGGUCUGUAAUAAAAACUGAGUUGUUUCAUCGUGUCUCUUCUAGGAAGAAAUGGAAGGACAUCCCAAUCAAAGCAAAGUUGCACAAGCAUGUACAAUGAUACGCAGAACAUGGAAAACUUGUGGAUGAUUGUUGUAUCGCAUAAAUGGAUAGAGGUUUUCUGACUUGACUUAAAUGUGGUUAAGGAAUAUUAUUUGGCAGUUCAUCUUGCCACAUCGUUUUCAUUAUUUGAUGACUCGCCCAGAGCUGCACCCCUUAUUUGGGGACGUAGAAGGUAAGGCAAGCAGACUUUUCUUGGCUAGAUUGACAAAAAUGAGGUGUGUUAAUCCCAUAAGGUGAGAGUAGUCAACUAAAUGGCACCUUUUUAACCCUGAAUCUGACUGAGCAGUAGUGUGUAUUGUGUUGGCGUGUGUGUGUGUGUGUGUGUGUGUGUUUUUUUUUUUGUUUUUAAGAGGAUUCAUCUGGCAUGAUGUACAGGUGUCGUCUUCUGUUGCUGUGGAUGUCAUGCGUCGCACCUAUGAACUCUGUCAGAGCAAGGUGGUCGUGGGAAUGUAUUAAGCACCUUUCUGUUAUUUAAUAUGAAUGCGUUGUACCAUUUGGUUCACCUCGAAUUUUAAAUAUUCGACUUUUUAUUGGUGUCAGUGUGACAUGGUAUAAUUAUUCAUGAAGUUACAUGUAUUUUGUUUUCUCUAUAUAUAAAACUGUCAGAGAAUAAUCAUUUGUAUAGAUCCCCCAAGAUAAUUUAUUUUGUAUUUUUCCAUUAAGAAAUGGAAAUAUUGGCUCAGACAUUACUUUUGGAUAUAUAUAUAUAUUUUUGAGUUCAUUCUAGAGGGGAUGUUAACUUUCUGUUUUUGUGUAUGUAUUUAGUAUUGUGGUUGAGGGUUCGACGUACACCUCUUCUGGGGAAAAAAAACUGCUAAUUAAUUAUCAAAUAAGCUCUCUAUGCGUGGUCUUCAAUGGUGCAUCAGUGGUAAUUCAAUCAUCCCAUCCAGUAUCAGCUGCUUCGCCCUGUGCUGUAAACACAGAAACAUUCUUUGUAUACUCUGAGAUUUGCUGAAUGUUGCGGGAUUCUUGUUGUAGUAGCUGUUCCUUUUUUAUGGAUUCUGGAAAAACAUAACAAAGGGACAUUUGUCUUUUCACUAUAUAUAUAUGAUAGAGAUAUAUAAUUCCCUUUGAUGUUGUGAUGUAUAUUUUUACUGAUGUACAUUUUAAAUUUAGAGCAGUGUUUCAUGUGUUUGGGUAAUUUAACCAUUUGGUAUAAACGUCGGCUCAAAUACAGCAGGUGUUUUAUAGGUGUCGGUUCAGUGUACAUUAGUCAUACUUUAGUCUUUUCCCCUGUGCAAUAUUUUAGGUCUACUCCUUCCAUGUACACUGUAUCCCAGCAGAAUGUUAAUUGUAAAUAGAUGGUUCUUUGAAUCAUCAUACAAACAAGACGUUACAGAAAAUGGAUUCCUUUUAGAAUCAUGAAAUCCAUUACAAUAAAUGCGAAAGGAAAAAAAACAGGGAGAUGACAACGUUUAUUGUUUGGCCACCGAAGGAAAUCAUCUCAUUGCACAAUGUGACAAACAGAA